AUGUCUCUCAAAAGUAUAUUGGAAGGAAAAGUUUUUGGACUUAUAUGGUUGUUAAUCGAAUGUAAUCUAUUAUCGGGAAACAUAUUUGGCUUUGCGUCGUUAUUUGGAGUUCUACCACGCUAUGGAAUAUUUGAAAAUUAUUGCACAUUGCCAACGGAUAGUAAUAUUCGAUUAGACCAAAGUGUAAAUCAAACACAUGUAAUUACUAAAGAUUGUCAAGGACAAAUAGGAAAAUAUAUGGUAUUAAUUGAUAAAAACAUCAUUAAUUUAUCGACGUUAGCCAUUAUCUGGGCAUCAUUCGGCUUGCUAAUGGUAGGCAGUGGUGUGUUAUUUCUUGAUUGGAGAUUUAAAGUAUGGAAUCUUGAAUCAACGAAAAAAGCGAGAGAAAUUUCACAAGAGAGUGAAGUCGUUACACUUUCAACCACUGAUAAAGCUCCAACGGUAACCAACACUGUAAAAGAGCGUUUACGUGAUCAAUUAACAAAUCCAUUAUACAUCUUUGUGACACUGUUUUUGGGUAUUUUACUACUCACUGCCUCAUUUUUGCCCGUUGUUUGGUUUCCGUGGAUUUAUUAUAUAACCAACAAAAAUUUAAAUCUAACUAAGCAAUAUACGUUUGGUUUUGCUAUGGCAACACUUACGGCACUAAUUAUUUCACCAUUGUGUGGAUUAAUAUUGGAUUACAAGGUCCAUAGAGGUCACAGACAAAAAAUUUUAAAUGUAUCUAUAAUGCAAACAAUUAGUUGGUUAUUAAAUAUAUUACUCUGUGUAGUGUGUAUGUUUAAUAUAUUCGAAGCGGCAAUAGCUGCUUUGGUCAUAAAUUGUUUUUCAAGAGUAUUUCUUGUUGGCGGAAGUCAAGCUUGUAUAACGCGGGUAUUUUCACCAAAGUAUAUUGGUACACUGCUUGGUAUUAUGUGGACAACGGCGGGAAUCAUCUCGUUUGUCAUUAGUGGUUUAGCGAAACUGGCAGUGAAUAUUCAACACGCUUGGAGAGCAUGGUGUGUCGUACUUUUUCUCUGUAUAUUGAUGGGAAGUCAUAUUAUUCAAUUAUGGAGGAUCUAUUUCAAAACACGAGCAGAGAAACCUAAACCUGAUCCUCAUCGAUUGGCGGUGGAUGCUGAUGCACAAAAAUGGGAAGCUGAAGCAUUGAACAGUACAAAAAGAAUAGAAACUUAA